AUGGGGCGGGGGAAAAUUGAGAUUAAGAAGAUUGAAAAUCUCAGUAGCAGGCAAGUCACCUUUUCAAAACGCCGCGGCGGAUUGUUCAAGAAAGCAGGAGAAUUGGCCGUACUAUGCGAUGCCGAGGUCGCAGUCAUAAUUUUUUCUCAAACCGGAAAGCUUUAUGAACAAUCAAGCACCAGCAUGGAGAAGAUUCUCUCAAGGUAUCACAAUUUUUCAAACAAGCAGGACGUCCCCCAAUUAGAGUACUGUUUAGAAGAGCUCCCCCAUGAAUUUGUUAAAGAGGAGCUGAAAUUUGAUUCAAGUGCACUGAAAAAAUUUGAAGCAAUGCAACAAAAGAUUGAAGUAUUACAGCUGGAACUCUGUCGGAUGAAGGGUCAGAAACUAGAUGGGUUGAGCAUAAAUGAUCUAUGUGAGUUGGAGAAACAACAAAUCGAAGGGGAAUUAGCUGUUAAGAACAAGAAGGAGGAAAAACUCUGGGAGGAGAAACAAAAGACUAUGAAGGAGCAUGAAAUGGCUAUGCAAAAGAUUGAGAAUUUGGAAAGAGAGAUAGAGGAACUGAGAAAGCAAAACCAUGUGCACCCGUCUAUCAUUGAAUCCCAUCCUCCUAAGAAGAGGCUUUUAUACUAUACAAACUCAUCAAAAGCCAUUUCCAAUUGUUCAACUGCCUCUGAAAACGAAAGUGACGAGCAUUCAAACACUUCUUUGCAAUUAGGGUUUAAUUUCUCAGGUUGUCAUCGUCCAAGUGUUGGUCUAAACAAGAGAAAAGAAGCUAGCAAUCGCCCCAAUUCUAAUGAUUCUGGAAGUCAAGUAGUCUCAGACUGA